AUGAACUUUGCGAACCCUAAAGGCUAUAAACAAGUUACAAUUCAUAUCCGUCGUGGAGAUUUCAGCACCCCUGGUAAUUUAAAAAAAGGAUUUGCUGUAGUAGAUGCAACAUUUGUGGAGAAAGCAAAGAAUAUAUUAAAACUCAUUUCUUCUGAAGUAGUAUUUUUCGUUGUUACAAACGAUAAGAGGUGGUGUAAAGAGAACUUGAAAAAUGUCAAUUUAAGUCCAUUCGACAAUCUAGGAGAUGAUUUGGCAAUUAUGGCUUUGAGUGAUCACGUGAUAGUGUCAGCAGGAACAUUUGGGUGGUGGGGAGCUUGGCUAGCAGGGGGUAAAGCUGUUUAUGACACGGAGUUUCCUCGAUCAAAAAGUUUUCUAGCAACCUAUUUUAAUAAAUACGAUUACUACCCACCUGAUUGGAUAGGUAUAAAUUGA